UCCUUUACUGGUUUGGGGAAUGCGGAAGUAACCAUGGCACCAGUGGUCUCCAGUAUUGUUGCGUUCGCUCUCUAUGUGAUCCUGUCCUCUCGUGUAUCCGGGGACGAGUGCUUGGGAUACUCAGAAAGGUUCAAGACUCAUAGCACCGUGUCCAGUUAUCAGAGUUCCCAGGAAUGCUUUACAGAAUUUUGCUGUGGUUACUGCUACAACAGAUAUUGCUGUUCAAAUCCUUUCAUGAGGUUUGAUAAAGAUCAGCAAGAACGAUGUUUGAACAAUGUUCACACACUCACUUUACCCGCUGCCAUUGCUGUAGUGAUUGUCUUCUUUGCCUUUACGUUAAUCUUCAUCCUCAUCAGCUGCUGUGUCUUUCCCUCCUGCUGCCUGUACAAGAGGUUCCGACAGCCACGGCCCGACAAUACCCACACUACAGUGGUCACCACCACUCCUCAGCAGUACCCCCAGCAGCCAGUUACAUUACCUGGGCCCUCCCAGGGAGUGCCCUACCAGUCAGCAACUCUUCAACCUGGCUUUGCAGCUCAGUAUGGUUACCCAGCUCAGCCCAUGUCCAUAUCGCCCUAUCAUGGACAGGCAUUCGCACCGGGACCACCACCACUGUAUCUGGAAGCAAUUGGUCCUGCCUACAGUUCACAGCCGAUGCCUUACGGCCAGGUUGAAUUCACCCACGGACAGCCGGCGUACCCUCUGAAACCUCUGGACCAGCAGCAGCCUGAUGCACCACCUGCUAGCACAGCCUUCCAACCUCAGUCUGCACCACCACCCUAGGCUGGAUAGUGCACAUAUAAGUGCCUCAAUCAGCGUUUGUGAACUCGGCUGAAUUGGAAGUAUGUACUUCGAAUCAAGAUCUAGACUAACUUGGUUUGUGUAUUUG